AUGUCUCAAGAAAGUGUGCUCGAUCUCCAAAUCGUUAGAGUAGAUGGCAUCGAUUUAGAAAUUUCUAGUCUAGGCUGCUAUGUUUCGUUUAUGAUUGCGAUUAAUUAGGUGAUUAAAGUGAUACUCUCUUUCGCAGGAUCGCAUAAAUUUCCCUUUUAAAAUCUCAUUUUGUGGCGCUGACAGCCAUCUUGCUCGAAGAAGACAAGCCAAAGAUAGAAAGCCUUCACUGGUCGCGUUGACCUUGCGUAUAGCUCGACUCCAGUAUGUGCUCAACAUACGGGUCACCCUUCUUGGAUGUGACAAGCAAUAAAAAUCAUACUUUCUUUCUCCUUAAGCCAAAUAGCUCACCCUAAGCAAUAAGCCAUAUUUGGUAUUUUGGAUAAAGGUUAACCUGGGAGGAAUAGUUCUCGGAUAGAACUAAUUCUGUGCGUAGCCAUUUUAUUAUAGGCUACUAUGUUUCACUUGAUGAUCAAGUGGUCGACGUGAUAACCCCUAUCAAUUCUCAGCACGACGAAAACAAAAUAUGCGUCCCAGCUAAAGGAAUGUUGAAAUUCAUCGUAAAAAGCAUGUGUGCAGAACAUGAAUACAUUGGAAGCGUAUGCCUGCCAGUCGACCUCCUACCUUCCAAAGGGUAUCUUUGGCUUCCUCUCCUUCAAGAUUCAGAAUCAGACUUGCUUACUAUUUUACCUGAAGAAACAGAAAGCGCAAGAAUUUUAAUUUCAUUGAAUAAAGCAACUAAAUGUAUAGAAGUUUCUCAAAUUGAUAUCCCAGAAACUAAUGAAAUUGUUCAAGAAGUAAAAGAAGAAGUUUGUGAGUGCCAAGAAUCAUUUGAAUCGACAAGAAAAUCGUUUAUACAAACUAAAGGAAGCCGAUUUGAAAAUCGUUCAGAGGACGAAAAAUCAAGGUUUACUGACUUCAGAUGGCAUGAUGAGCCAAAUGCUGAUAUUGAAAAAUUCAGAAUUCAAUACAAAAAGCAGGUAGCUUUACAAGAAGAUCUUACUAAAUGUUUGGUUUCUUGCCAAAACCAAUUAAUCACAGAAAGAAAACAAAAAGAACUUCUGGAAUCAUCCCUUAACGAAGUUAAACAAAAACAUGAAACAACUCUUGCUAAAUCACAAUCAAGAGAAAAAUCCCUUCUGAAAUUGCUAGAAAUAAAAGAUUCUGAGCUUAAAGAAUUUCAAGGAGAGCUUAAAAAGCUACAAAGCACUCUCAGAACUCUAGAAGGGGAAAAAGUCCAGCUAGGAGAAGUCGUGGAAAAGCUAGAAAUUGAAAUCUCAACUGCAAGAUUCAUGAAUAAAAGCGAAGAGCUUCAAGAUGCCCUUGAAAGGUUAGAAGAGUCAGAAAAACAAAGACAAAACUUGCAAGAAGCCCUUUCUGAGGUAGGAAAAGAGUGGAUUAACGCAUGUGAUAACAGAACAGAAAUAGAAAAUUUAGAAGAAGAAAGGAAUGAGCUUGCUGAUCAACUUGAAAAGGCAAAUGAAAAAGUUUUUGAGUAUAAAAGAGAAAUUGACGACAUAAAAGAAGAAAUUGAACAACUAAAAGAAGCCCAUGAACGGGAAAGCAAAAAACGAAGCAUUGACCAUUCUCAGCAGAUCAACGAUUAUAAAGCUCAAAUAGUCCAGCUUGAAGAACAAGUCAGAAAUCUUAACCACAAAGUGUAUGAAGAAAGACAAGAAAAAGAAACCUUGUCAACCAAGCUGUUUGAAAGCCAAGAAAGUUUGAUUGAGAAGGCACAGAUGAUUGAAAAACUUCAAAAACAAGCAGCCCCAAGCGUUGAAUCAUUGGUUCAGCAAGCUUUGGUGGAUUUAAGCUUAGAGCGGGAUUUCAUAAAGCAAAGUAAUGGCCUUUAUCUUUACAAUGGAGCAGAAGUUGCUCUUACAUAUCAUGAAGAUAAAAUCAUGGUCAAGCUUGGAACUGGGCUGAUUGAUAUUGAAGAGUACAUCAGGCUUUCAUUUUCAGUUGAAGUGACCAAUAAAAACUGCAAAAAUGUCCUGACCCCAAGUGGCCAAAUUCCUCCUCAGCAUAAAAGAUAUAAUACGUCUGAAGUAAAGCCAAGAUAUGACCAUAAGUUUGAAUACGAAUCAAAUGAUUCUUGCCAAACAGACUCCACUUUUGAGUUCGAUAUGUCGCUUAAUACGAGCAAUAUAGAAAGGAAGGUAGGAGAAUCGCCUUCUAACCUCCCCCCCGUCCGUGAGUGAACAAAAAAAAUUUUGUUCACUCACGGAGGAGGGUUAAUUUUUUUUUUUUUUAAAAAAAUUUAUAUAUAAAUUUUAUAAAAAAUAUUUUUUUUCGAAAUUUAAAAAAAAUCCUAAUUCGCAAAAAUUGGAAAGCAAAUAUUAAUUUAAUUUAUAAAAUUUAUGUUUUAAAAAGCAAUUCGUUUAAAAUUAAACAGAAUUAGCUCUAGAUUUUAUUAUACUAAUUAUCAUUUAUAUAUCUAAAUAUUUUUUCAAUAAAAAUUUUUGCUCACUCACGGAGGGUGGGUUUUUUGGGCAAAAAAUAGCGAUUUUUCUAAUGGUUUUGUUCACUCACGGAGGGGGGGGAGUAAGAGAUUUUUAAACUCUACAUUAAGCAGUCAAAAUAAGUUCAUUAAAAGAGUACCGAGAGAGAGAAGCACCCGUGCACAGGCAUCAAGUGUGGAAAGAAAGUGCCCUUUUAGGCUAUAA